AUGGACUACGACAUCGCCGUCAUCGGCCUCGGCGCCCUAGGCAGCGGCGCCGCAUACCACUCCGCCGCCAAAGGCGCCAAAGUGCUGGGGCUCGAACAGUUCGAAUUCGGACACGUCCGGGGCGCAUCCCACGAUACAUCGCGGAUCGUACGCACCUCCUACGGCGCCCCCGAGUACGUCAAGCUCGCGCAAUCGUCCUACCGGGACUGGGCGGAGCUCGAACAGCGAACGGGUCAGAAAUGGCUACACAUCAACGGCGGGAUUAUCGUCUUCCCCAAGGACUCGCCUAAUAAGGCGCGCGACUGGACGGAGAGUCUUGAUGCGAAUGCGCAGCCGUAUGAAUUGCUUACUGCCGCUGAAGUCAAGGCGAGAUGGCCGCAGUUUACCCUCCCUGAGGGCGCGGAGACGGUGUAUACGGCUGAUAUGGGACUCGUGCAUGCAAGCAAGUCUGUUGCGGCGAUGCAGUAUGCUGCGCGGGCGUUGGGGGCUGUUUUGAAAGAGAACACGCGUGUUGACCGUGUUGUGCCUCAAGCCGGGGGUGGGGCUAUAGUUGAAACGUCGCGUGGUCGAUAUUCGGUGCGAAAGGUGAUUAUCACUGCGGAUGCGUGGGCAAAUAAGCUGCUUGCACCUUUGGGCGCUGGGAUCCCGCUUGAUGUGAUGCAGGAGCAGGUUACGUACUUCAAGCCGCAGAACCCCGAGGAGUACGACGGGGAGAAGUUCCCUGUGUGGGCGUACGCCGGGGAGCACUUCUUCUACGGGUUUCCGGCGUUCGGGGAGCCGACUAUCAAGGCUGGGCGGGAUGUCUCGUAUAACCGGAUGGACGCUGAUGAGCGGUCGUUUGUGCACUCGGAGGACUUGCUGAAGGAGCUUGAGGGGUUGAUGGGGAGUUUUAUACCUGGUAAAGGCCAGACGCUGAGGACGGUUACGUGCCAGUAUGCGAUUACGCCGGAGAGGCAGUUCAUCAUCAGUCCCCUGGAGAAGCAUCGCGAUGUGCUUGUUGGUCUGGGUGGUGGACACGCCUUCAAGUUUGCGCCGACGUUUGGGCGAGUGCUGGCGGAGCUGGCGAUUGAUGGGAAGACCACCGAUGACAUCUCCAAGUUUGGCAUUCCCAAGGCUCCAGACAGCAAGUUGUAG